AACGAAACCAGAGGAAUGGCGGGAUAGUUCUGCCCAGAACCGGUUAAUUCGAGGAGAAUUCGGGCGCUGCGUGUUGUGAGUGUGCUCCUCUUUGUUGUGUUCAUAUGUAAAUGACUGGAGGAGGCGGCGCAGCGACGACACCGACAACUGACGGUUGUAGUUUGUCCUUUUCUCCAACCGUGUGCCCCUCCACGGCCCGGACCGGAUAACAACGUCCCCGUCUCCGGUCCACACACCGACCCAGCUCUGCUUCAGCUGAGAGGAUGAAGGGCAGUUUUGGGAGUUUGUAGCAGCUGCCGUAUCAGCAGCCAUUCCACUUUCUGCCCAUUGGCUCUAUUGGCACCAGAUCUGACCAUGAGUUAGACUUGGAGAGUGUCACCACGACUGCCUUCACACCAUCUGAACUCCAGAGUGUUGACGUCGGCUUCAUGAACCAGCAGGAUGCUGCUGAGGUCCUCGCACUCUCCGAGCGCCUCCUAGUAGCUUCACACAAGGGACAAGCUGACAGUGUGGUCCAGCUCAUCAACAAGGGCGCAAAAGUAGCAGUGACCAAGUAUGGCAGGAGUCCUCUGCACUUGGCUGCCUACAAAGGCCACAUUGAAGUUGUGCGCAUCCUGCUCAAAGCCGGCUGUGACUUGGACAUCCAGGAUGAUGGUGACCAGACAGCGUUACAGCGAGCAGCUGUGGUGGGAAACAGUGACGUUAUCAGCGCUCUCAUCCAGGAAGGCUGUGCACUGGACAGACAGGAUAAGGACGGAAAUACUGCUCUACAUGAGGUGUCGUGGCAUGGUUUCAGCCAGUCUGUCAAACUGCUGGUGAAGGCUGGAGCCAAUGUUCACACCAAAAACAAGGCAGGAAACACUGCUCUGCACCUGGCAUGUCAGAACGGACAUGCCCAGAGCUCCAAGGUCUUGCUCCUGGGGGGUUCACGACCCGACAGCAAAAACCAUACUGGAGAUACGUGUCUGCAUGUGGCAGCACGUUACAACCAUGUACCGAUGAUCCGUAUCCUGCUGGGGGCAUUCUGCUCUGUGUCAGAGAAGAACCUGGCGGGGGACACACCGCUGCACGUGGCAGCUGCUCUGAAUCAUAAGAAGACGGUACGUCUGCUGCUGGAGGCCGGAGCCGACAGUCACAUCUGCAACAACGCAGGUCAGACGGCUCUGGACGAGGCCCGAGAACACGACAACCCUGAGGUGGCUCUGCUCCUGACCAAAGCUCCACAGACCUUUGUUCGUGGAAGGAGUGUGAGGAAGAGGAGGGACAGGCUGAAGGCUGAAGGUAGAGCUCAGUCAGUGCCCAGAGACGAGGUUCUGCCGUUGAAGGACAGUGGAUCAGCCGCUGAGGAUACACAGAGCAGUGACCGAGUGGCCUGUAAACACACAGAACCAACCAAGUCCAACACCAAGAGACGAAAACACAGACAGAGACACAAGGACAAACCCUCACUGUCAGACCCCCUGCGGCGCAGAGACACCAGGCACAGCGACGCCCCUCACAGGAGAAAAGGCAAACUGCAGGGAGUGUCCUCUCACACCAGUGUCCCUCCACACAGCUAUAAAGCCUAUCAGCUCUACACACUGUACCGUGGCAAGGAUGGAAAGAUCAUGCAGGCACCUCUGAAUGGCUGCAGGUGUGAACCCCUCAUCAAUAAACUGGAGAACCAGCUGGAGGCCACAAAGGAGGAGAUGAAGACGCAGAUCCACACGGUCCAGGACCUGAUGAACACCAAGAUGGGCCAGCUGGACCGCAACAGCAAACACCAGAUCCGAGCACUGGAUAAGAUGACGGUGGAGAGAGUGUCAGCAGAGAGGAGUGAAUGUCUGCAGAGGAUCGAACAGAAGGCAGAGCAUGAGAGACAGGAAGCAGAGAAAAGACAGCAGGCGUCUCUGGUUACUGAGCUGAAGAGCUGGUGUUUGUCCAAGCUGCAGAACAUUGAGGGUCGCUUCACAGGAGAAUCCAGCAGAGAGUCAAAACUGCAGCGGUCUGGCUCUGUGGAUGAGUCUCUCGAUGAGACACCUGAGGCCAGGGGCGAGGCCGGGGCUGGGGGCGGGCUCACUGAGCUACCCUCUGCUCCGGAGGACCCCACCCAGGUCCUGGCGCUCCACAGCAGCCCUGUUGUCCUGGGGUCUGGUGGAGGGAGGCCCAUUGUGGCAGAGGGGGGCUCUGCUAACCACUACUUUGUGGUCCAUGUGGACCGAUCUCCAGAUGAUGACCAGUGUCACCAUGUAGAUGGCGGUUCUUCUGUAACAGUGAAGAGUCCUGAUCCCGCGGUCCGACCUAAGGAGCGCUUUGUGGUCUCUGCUGACCCCCAGAGGAAGAACCAGGAGCUGCAGGACGUGGACCAGAUGGAGUCCAGGAUCCACAGAGCCAGCAGUCUGUCUCCUGGAGCAGAGCAUCGCAUCAGGGAGCCAGUCCGAGGUAGAACCAAGAGCCACAAGAGGCACCCCCACUCCAGGACUAAGUCCAGAGGGGCCACUGGGGCCAUGGGAGCUCUAGGGGUCCAAACUCUAGAGGUGUUUGGGGAGCAGCCAAGUGAGCCCUCAUUCACUCAGGAGAGGGACAACAUGCAUGCUCUGGAGGUGACGCAGUAUUUCUUUGAGGCUGUGUCGAUGCAGAUGGAGCGCUGGUAUGAGCGGAAGGUCCAGGAGGCCCAGUGGCAGGCGGACCAGCGGGCCCAGGCUGACCGGGCUGCCCUCAUCGACAGGAUUACAUACCUGGAAGAGGAACUGCGCAUGCUCAGGACUAAGAGACACGAUGACUGCUGACACAGCUAACCUGGACAAAGACUUAGAAAUAGUCAACAGAAGAUAGUAGUGUCCUUCUGCAUAGUCCCAUUGGCACUCACAUGUCCAGCCCAGGUCCUUUGUACAUUCUGUGUGUAAAUAAAGCUGUAGAUUUCAGACAGACGUCAGAACCAGAGAGAGGCACAAAGAUGAAAACAGCAACUCCUCACUGUUGAGACACAACACUGGUUUGAGCCCUUCACAUUCUUAUUUGUCUGUCAUCUUUCUGAUCGGUUUGUUAUUUGAUGAUGUAAAAAUGAGCUGUUUUGGCUAAUCACUGGUCAGCAAAUGUCACAUCUCCUCAUCUCUACUUUUGUCAGAAAAAGCCUAACCAUCAGCUUUAUGGGUUGUAGUUACACGUUUGUCCAUCAGGAAGAAGCUGUGCUGCUGUGCAUCUUUCUGCUCAGUCUCUGGUCAUAAAUGUGUCCUGUUCAUUUCUUGUAGAACAGAUCCAGAUAAACUGAAGUCUGUUUAAUCAUAUCUGUUGUGUCCGGUAGAUGUAGAAUCCAUAAGACGGGGGUGGAUUGAGUGGAGGUUGUAACUGUAGGUAGAGGACAGCUUCAGUGCAUGAUAAGCUGAAUGGACAUCCAACAGAAUCAGCUCUAGGACGUAUUGGGAUGAAACCUGCACAUAUUUAUGACAUGGCUGUCAGUCAGCAGACAGGACUUAAGUCUGUUUUCAUCUCUGGAAUCUGAAGUGUGCCGCUAGAAUAUUCACACUGGUUUUCACCAUUCGAUGAAUUCUGAAGAAUAAAGUGCAAAAAUGUACUAUCAUUCUGACUUAUGUUGUCUAUUCCAUUCAGUCAUAUUGGAAACAGAAAUUUAAAUGGAAUUUAUUUCAAAUCAGAAAUAAUUUUGACUGGAAGAUGAAGGAGUUAGUGGUUUUAAAGCUCUCAACACUGGUCUAUGA